AUGGUUUGCGAUUUACUUUCUCUAACACUUUUACGUUCUGCCGGGGAUUUGGGUGCAGAUAUUGCAGUAGGUAGUGCUCAGCGGUUUGGACUUCCUCUUGGUUAUGGCGGGCCUCAUGCUGGGUUUAUGUCUGUUGCCAAUUUAGCUCUGGCUAGACAAAUGCCUGGAAGGAUUGUUGGAGUUUCUAGAGAUCAACAGGGAAAUAUUGCUUAUCGUCUAACUCUCCAAACUAGAGAACAGCAUAUUCGAAGAGAUAAAGCAACCUCCAAUAUUUGCACUGCUCAAGCACUUCCUGCUAAUAUUUCUGCAAUGUAUGCAAUCUAUCAUGGACCCAAUCGCUUAGCUUAUAUUGCCAAAAAGAUACAUAAAGCUACAUCAUUUCUUUCUCAAACCUUAAAAGCUAAUGGAAUUCAAGUUGUCCAUAAAUGUUUUUUCGAUACAUUAAAAGUCCUUCCAUUAAAUAAACAUUUAUUUGAUAUGAAAUGUGAGGAAAAAAGAAUAAAUGUUAGAAAUUAUAAUGAUGGUUAUAUCGGUAUUUCUUUGGAUGAAACAACUAAAAUUGGUGAUAUUUGUGAUAUUCUUUAUUUAUUUGGAAUUAAUAUUUGUGAGGUAUAUUGUUUCUUGAUUUCAUAUCAUUAAUUAGUUAUAGUAGAUUGUUUUAUUUAUGCGCAAAGGGCUCAUUAUUUAUCUGACAACCCAUUAUAAUCAGAGCUUGACAUUAUUGUAGGGACUUGUAUCCAUGGUUGUUUCGUACAAACUAACCCUGGGACGUUUUUCAGACAAGACCCAGUCCAGAAACCUCGCUCCACCCCAAAACAGAUUUUAUCAAAAUAUACACUUUACGGUCUACCGUUCCUUGAAACCCCGACCCUGGUCAGUGUUUAUGAGUUCUACUUACAUAUAAUUAAAUUAAUUAAAUUCUUUUUAGA